AUGCAUUGCCCCCCCCUUGUUACCCACCAGGGUACGCGUCUUAUUGCAGUGUUGUUCCCAAUACACCUUUAUGUCUUGGUUCUGGGAAUCUGGGAGGACUGCCUCCCGGAUGGAAUGGGAAUGGAAUGGGUUACCCAGAACAUCACCACCAUCAAAUGCGGCCACCGCCACCACAUCCGCCGCCUGGAUACCAACCUCCUUAUCCUGUGCAACAACCCUAUCCACCACCUUUAUAUCCACCGACUCCGCCUACACCACCACCAGGAUAUCCUUAUCCCUAUCCUCCUCAAUACCCUUAUCCUUAUCCCAUUUACCCACAGCCGCCGCGAGAACCAGAUCACCCGCCAACUACCAGACCACUUUAUGAACCAACUACCAAACCUUGUGAAUGCCCCGUGA